AUGCUGGUGCAGCACAACAAACUCGGUGCGACCGACCGUCUCUCGUAUGUGACGUCGCCGACGGGCCUUGCCAAGGCUGCAGACGACUACGACCACAUCAAAACCCCGAUAGACGUCGAAGCCGGCGGUCUCCGCGACGGCGCCGCGCCUAUCUACACAUCGCCCGAGGUCCUUGCACUCCUCUUCCAGUACGCGGCUAUCGGUGUCGUCUACGGCGGCAUCUCGGGCAUGAAGUACCCGAUCCUCACCGGCUUCUUCCAACUGCAAGGCAACGUCCUCAACUCCGCGACGGCGCUCAUGAGCCUUGGCUGGUCGCUCAAGGUCUUCUUCGGCAUGCUCACGGACUGCUUCCCGAUGUUUGGCUACCACCGCAAGCCGUACAUCCUUCUCGGAUGGACCCUCACAGCCGUCCUCCUUGUCGUCGUGGCCCUCAAGCCCGCGGGCGAGCCGGCGCCUGAUGCGAACGCAACCUCAAACGGGUCGGUGCUCGCCCUGCUCUGCACCGUUGCGUGCUUCUGCUACAUCAUAGCCAACGUCGCGCAGGACGCACUGCUUGUCUCGUACGCGCAGCGCGAGCCCGUGGCGACACGCGGCCGGCUUCAAUCGAUGGUCUACUCGGUGCGCACAGUCUUCAUGGCCAUCAUCACGGCAGUCUCUGGCUUCUGCCUCAACUCGACGCGCAUGACCGGCACAUACGACUGGGACAUUGGCGUCAACGGGUACUUUUGGCUUCUGGCCGCCACUUCGAUCCUCAACAUCCCGGUUGUGUGGUUUUUCCUCCAAGACACCAAAUCGACCACCCGCGUGUCGAUCUCGACAUAUCUUGCGCAAUUUUGGACGCUCGCGCAGAAGCGCGUCGUGUGGCAAGUCAUGAUCUUCAACUUUAUGUUUUCACUCUUUGCCUCGUACAUUUCGACAACCGCGGCGCCGUACGUGGCGCUGCACUGGGCCAAGGUCGAGAACCUCAAUGCGUCGCUCACGAGUAUUCUCGGCAACCUCAUUUUUGCGACCGUCCUCGUGGUCACAGGCAAGUACGGCACGCGCUGGAACUGGCGCUACGUGCUCGUGGCGACGACGAUCUCGGCCAACGCGAUCGACGCCGUCGUGCAGUUCUGUACCAUUUACGACGUAGUGCGCAACCAGUGGUUUUACCUCGGUGUUCCGCUCACGGAGCAGCUGCCGGUUGGGAUCGGCUUCGUCGUGAGCACCUUUGUCAUUGUCGAGUUGGCCGAAGAAGGCAGUGAAGGUGUCAUUUACGGCCUUCUCACCACGAUUACGAAUCUUCCGGGCGUCUUUGGCCCCAUGAUCACCAACGUCAUUGACGCCAACUUUGGCGUCAGCAACCGCGCGAUCAAGACGGACCUCCCCGAGACGCGCGAUGAGGUCGCAUGGACGUAUGUGAUUGCGUAUUCCUCCACCGUCAUUGGCUGUCUCUGGGUCGUUUUGCUGCCCAGUCAAAAGGAAGCGGUCCUAGAGCUCAAGCAGCACGGCGGAAGCUACCCGAACGUCGCCGCUGGCAUCUUUUACGCCUUCUUCGUCAUCCUCGCGACGUCCAUCACGGGGACGAUGUCGUCAAUGUUUGAGUCGACCAAUUGCCUCAAGCUAGCGGGUGGCAGCGGUUGUCCGGACGAGACGUCGCAGCUCUACUUGUUCGGCAUCUUUGUGCCCGCGGGUCUCGCAUUGCUUGGUAUUCUGUAUAUGAAAUGGGCGUGA